AUGCACAAUCCAAAUACUCUUUCUCGGGCGGAGACGUGGCGCCUGUUGCUUCUUGCAGGAGCUGGUCUCGGCGUGUUGGUCAACACGUUCCAGGGCGAUGGCGCACCCUUGAUAGCCUCGAUUGCACUAGCCUGCAUAUCAUUCGCCGUCGCCUUUAGCAUGAUCCGAUGGCUCGGACCAGUGUUUAUCAAGGCUGGUUUGAAAGGAAAAGAUAUGGCCAAGCCACGGAAACCGGAAAUACCAGAAACCAUGGGAGCUGUAUGCGCCGUGGUUUAUUUGAUUUCUCUCAUCGUAUUUAUUCCAUUUGCUUUCUACAAAGACAUUGUGGCGGCAACUUCAGGUGGAGGAAAUCGCGACGUUGUGAUUGAAGACCAACACAUUGAAAUGGGCCGUUAUCUCCACAGGUUUCCUCAUGGAAAGCUCGCAUCAUACCUGUCAGGUCUUCUAUCUUUGCAAUCCAUUGUGAUCCUUGGGAUCGGGGACGACCUGCUUGAUAUUCGCUGGCGACACAAGGUCCUAAUUCCAGCAUUUUCGGCAAUUCCCAUGCUCAUAGUCUACUUCGUCGACUUCGGGGUCACCCAUGUUGUUGUACCAGUCCCGCUGCAAGCAUAUCUCGGAGAUUUCAUUGACCUCGGGUGGCUGUAUUACAUGUAUAUGGCAGCCGUGGCGAUCUUCUGCCCGAAUUCAAUCAACAUGCUGGCAGGAAUCAACGGUAUUGAGGUUGCCCAGUCGCUGGUAAUUGCAGUUCUCCUCCUGUUCAAUGAUGCCAUGUACCUGGCACCUAUCACGCCAUACCCGAAUCCGGCUACAGAUUCACACCUGUUCUCCAUCUACUUUCUGCUGCCAUUUAUCGGCGUGUCAGCCGCACUUUUAUGCCACAACUGGUACCCAUCGAAGGUGUUCGUGGGUGACACCUACUGUUACUUUGCGGGCAUGGUCUUUGCAGUGGUGGGUAUCCUUGGGCAUUUCAGCAAGACCCUACUCUUGUUGUUCGUACCCCAGAUUUUCAAUUUUUUGUAUUCCACGCCGCAAUUGUUCCAUAUAAUCCCUUGCCCUCGCCACCGACUGCCAAAGUUCAACGCAGCAACUGGGCUAUUGGAUACCUCUGUCACCGAGUGGACAGUUCCUCCGUCCCCGUUGGUCGGGAUGGCUUUGGACCUCCUUCACACACUGCGGUUGGUGCGUGUUGUCAAGAACGGGAAAGGCCAAAUUGUCGAAUCGACAAACUUGACUAUUUUGAACCUUUGGCUUGUGUGGAUGGGACCCAUGAGGGAAGAUACCCUGGCAUGGCACAUGGUGGGCGUUCAGACUGUCUGUGGGUUAUUCGGCUUGUUUGUGCGACAUCGACUGGCUUUGCUGGUGUUCAACACGGAUAACCGACCAUUACAGUCUAUAGUUUAA